AUGUUACCGCCGGUUUCAUACGACGUCUUCCAAUUGCAUAAUGCCAUCAAAGGGCUUGGCACUAGAGAAUCUACGCUUAUUGAUAUCCUCUGUACACGUUCUGCCGAUGAACUCCAACAAAUCAAAGAAGAGUAUAUGGCAACAUUUAAAUCUCCACUUGAGCACGAUAUAAACAAAGAUACUAGCGGAGAUUUUCGCGAGCUGUUACUUUCCAUACUUCGUGCCGACAGAGAACAAGUCAGUCCCGUAGAUCAGAAACGAGCGAAAGAGGAUGCAAAAAAAAUGGCCGGUCGCUAUAAGGAGAAAGUUAAGCCAAGUAAACGAACAUUCGCGGCUGUUUUUGGCAAAUGCAAUUAUGCUCAGGCUGAAUGUACUUUUGCCGAAUAUCAGCGUCUAUCCGGAAAUAUAAUCCAGAAAGGAAUUAAGAGUAACUUUGACGGAGAUGCUCGAGAAGCAUAUAUGCAACUGUAUGCCGCAAUGCGUGAUCUAACAAAUUAUUAUGCGACUCAGCUUUACGAAUCUAUGAAGGGCUUGGGCACUCGUGACAUUGACCUUAUUCGAAUAAUUGUGUCCAGGUCAGAGCGGGACUUGGAAGCGAUUAGGGAGGAAUAUAAACGAACCUACCAGGUGUCAUUAGCAAAGGCAAUUCAAGCUGAUUGCAGUGGGCCUUACCGUGACGCCCUGAUAGCAAUUGUGGAAGGUAAUUAA